GAGGGAAUGCAGUGCCUUCUUGACCGAGCCGUGCCUCCCCUUCACGAUUGCUCCGCAGGGAAGCGGGGGAGGACAGGGGAGAUGGGGAGAGCUCCGUGCUGCGACAAGGCGAAGGUGAAGAGAGGCCCGUGGUCGCCGGAGGAAGACGCCGCCCUCAAGGGCUACAUCCAAUGCCAUGGCUCCGUUGGCAACUGGAUCGCUUUGCCCCACAAAGCAGGCCUCAAGCGUUGCGGGAAGAGCUGCCGGUUAAGGUGGCUCAAUUAUCUCCGGCCAGACAUCAAGCAUGGAGGCUUCACGGAGGAAGAGGAUAGCACCAUUUGCACUCUCUAUCAUAGACUUGGAAGCAGGUGGUCUGUCAUUGCUUCCCAUCUUCCUGGAAGAACCGACAACGAUGUGAAGAACUACUGGAACACCAAGCUCAAGAAGAAGCUGAUGGCAAGGCGCCCAUGUCUUCCCACCACCACUACCUCUGACUCCAAAAGUCCACCAUUGAUUGGGAUGCCUCUUCAUCCCAAUGACGGGCUCUCCCAGCAAUCCAAGAAGCUGUACUCUGAUGAAGAAGUCUCGGCAUCUUCAUCAUCCAUCACUGCUCAACACAGCAGCAGCUUCUUGAACUGGUCUACCGGUGGAGCUGAAUCGAGUGACUUGUUCCUUUCUGAGCUCGGGUUCGGAGACGCCGGUGACUUCCUCAGCAGCUAUGGCUAUCAGGAGAGGUUGGGGGAGGAGAUCCCUUCCUAUUUCUCCGACCCAUCACAGGGGAUGUAUCAAAGCCUCACAUACUCAUUGCAAAGCCAUGCAAUACAUGAAGUUUAACAUAGACUUGUCAGUGUAAAUGUUCAUUGGACUUGAUAUCCAAUUGUUGCUGUGUAAACUCUUGUUAGAAUAGCUAUGAGACUUGGUCUAAUCUUUCGGUGUCA